AUGGCUGCUGUAACAAAUAACACACCAAUAUCGAAUUCGAUUGUGACAUCCACUCGUUUCACUGAUGAAUAUGAUCUUAAAGAAGAACUUGGCAAAGGCGCAUUUUCAAUUGUCAGACGAUGUAUACAGAAAAGCUCCGCACAAGAAUUUGCUGCUAAAAUCAUUAAUACCAAAAAAUUAUCCACCCGAGAUCAUCAAAAACUCGAAAGAGAAGCACGUAUUUGUCGGCAAUUAAAACAUCCCAAUAUUGUUCGUCUGCAUGAUAGCAUUUCCGAAGAAGGUUUUCAUUAUUUAGUAUUUGACUUAGUCACCGGUGGUGAAUUAUUCGAAGACAUUGUCGCCCGAGAAUUCUACAGUGAAGCAGAUGCUAGUCAUUGUAUACAGCAAAUACUUGAAGCUGUUCGUCAUUGCCAUGAGAGUAACAUUGUACAUAGAGAUUUAAAACCUGAAAAUCUUUUGCUCGCCAGUAAAACAAAAGGAGCAGCUGUCAAACUUGCUGACUUUGGUCUAGCAAUUGAGGUUAAUGGAGAUCAAACACAGUGGUACGGUUUUGCUGGCACUCCUGGUUACCUCAGUCCUGAAGUCCUCAAAAAAGAACCUUAUGGCAAACCCGUCGAUAUCUGGGCAUGUGGUGUUAUCCUAUACAUUCUCCUCGUGGGUUAUCCACCCUUUUGGGACGAAGAUCAACAUCGUCUAUACAAUCAAAUCAAGGCCGGCGCCUACGAUUAUCCAUCGCCUGAAUGGGAUACGGUCACAACUGAAGCAAAACGUUUGAUCGAUUCGAUGUUGAAUAUCAACCCGAGCCGUCGAAUAAGUGCAACAGAUGCGCUGAAACAUCCGUGGAUUUGUCAACGUGAACGUGUUGCUGGUACAAUCCAUCGACAAGAGACUGUCGAUUGUUUACGUAAAUUCAAUGCACGACGAAAAUUAAAGGUAAAUAACCUCUCUCCAAUUAUCUAA